AUGGCUUCCAUCAGCGUAGCAAAUGCAGAAUUCUGUUUUGAUGUAUUCAAAGAGCUGAAAACCUACCAUGUCAACGACAACAUCUUUUAUUGCCCCCUGAGUAUCAUUUCAACCCUGGCCAUGGUCUACAUGGGAGCAAGAGGUAACACUCAAUCUCAGAUGGGGAAGGUUCUUCAUUUUGAUAACGUUACAGGAGAUGGAGAUGCUACUGACUCCCAGUGUGGCCCUUCUGAAUACAUCCACAAUUCAUUGAAGGCUCUUGUCUCGGACAUCACCAUGCCAAAUGCAACAUACUCACUCAAGAUUGCUGACAGGCUCUACAUUGAAAAAACGUACCCUGUUCUUGCGGAAUACUUAAACUGUGCAAAGAAAUUCUACAAAGCAGGGCUGGAAGAAGUUAAUUUCAAAACAGCUGCAGAGGAAACAAGACAGCUCAUUAAUUCCUGGGUGGAGAAAGAGACAAAUGGACAAAUCCAAGAUUUCCUUGUGUCAAGCUCUGUUCAUCCUGAUACUGCACUGGUCCUUGCGAAUGCCGUUUACUUCAAAGGGAUCUGGAGGACAGCAUUUAAAGAAGAACACACUCAGGAAGUGCCCUUCAAUGUGACAAAGCAAGAAAGCAGACCUGUGCAAAUGAUGUGUCAGAACAGUACCUUCAAAGUGGCAACCGUGGCUGCAGAGAAAAUGAAGAUUCUGGAGCUUCCGUACACCAGCGGGAAGCUGAGCAUGUUGGUGCUGUUGCCUGAUGAAGUCUCUGGCCUGGAGCAGCUUGAGAACAAAAUCAGCCUUGAAAAAAUCAUGGAGUGGACCAGUCCUAAUGUGAUGGAAAGGAAGAGAGUGAAAGUGUACCUCCCACGGAUGAAGAUUCAGGAAAAAUAUAACCUCACAUCUCUCUUAAUGGCCUUGGGUAUGACCGACCUGUUCAGCCCUUCGGCCAAUCUGUCUGGCAUCUCUUCAGCAGAGGGCUUGAAGAUGUCUGAGGGCAUCCAUGAGGCUUACAUGGAUGUCAGUGAACAGGGCACCGAGAUGGCAGGCUCAGCAGGGGUGAUGGGAGACAUCAGUCAGUCCUCUGAGUUUGAAGAGUUUAGGGCUGACCACCCUUUCCUUUUCUUGAUCAAACACAAUCCAAGCAACAUCAUCCUCUUCUUUGGUAGAUACUGUUCCCCCUAA